AACGCUGCACUAUCUUCAAUCUCUUACCUGCGGGUUUUACUUACGAUUGCCAGGAUAAGCACCACUUGCCUUGGUCGAUUAAUUUUCACAUACAAUCACUUACACUAGACCGCCACCAUGUCCACACUCGAGGAUCUCGAUGAUCUUGAGCGCCACGAGAAGGAAGAGAGAAAGGACGAUGAUAAGAAAGACGGCGGCAAGGAUGGAAAGAAGGCCGACGGCGAUGCGGACAUGAAGGAUGCGGAGCCAGAGGAGGAGCAGCUCGACGAGGAGAUCCUGAACUCAAGUACACGAGACAUCAUUGCGCGGAGGCGGUUACUGGAGAACGACAUGCGCAUCAUGAAGAGCGAGUUCCAGCGGCUCACACAUGAGAAAGCAUCGAUGAACGAGAAGAUCAAGGACAACCUAGACAAGAUUGAAAAUAACAGGCAACUACCCUAUCUUGUCGGAAACGUCGUUGAAAUCCUCGAUCUCGAUGUCACAGCGGAGGCCGCUGAGGAAGGUGCAAAUAUCGAUCUAGACGCCACCCGUGUUGGCAAGUCGGCCGUCAUCAAGACAUCUACGCGACAGACAAUAUUCCUGCCCCUCAUCGGUCUUGUCGACCAUGAGAAGCUCAAACCCGGAGACUUGAUUGGUGUAAACAAGGACUCUUACCUUGUUCUGGAUACACUACCGGCAGAGUACGACAGCCGAGUCAAGGCCAUGGAAGUCGACGAGAAGCCAACAGAAAAGUACACUGAUGUCGGAGGCCUGGACAAGCAAAUUGAGGAGCUCGUAGAGGCGGUAGUCUGGCCAAUGAAGGAAGCGGAACGAUUCAAGAAGAUCGGCAUCAAGGCUCCCAAAGGUGCAUUGAUGUACGGUCCUCCGGGUACUGGAAAGACGCUUCUUGCACGAGCAUGCGCUGCGCAAACUGACGCUACUUUCCUCAAACUUGCGGGCCCACAACUCGUACAAAUGUUCAUCGGUGACGGUGCUAAACUGGUCCGCGACUGCUUCGCUUUAGCAAAAGAAAAGGCCCCCUCAAUUAUUUUCAUUGAUGAGUUGGAUGCCGUCGGAACAAAGCGUUUCGAUUCCGAAAAGUCCGGAGACAGAGAAGUGCAAAGAACCAUGUUGGAGCUUCUCAACCAGCUGGAUGGUUUUGCCUCGGAUGACCGCGUGAAGGUCUUGGCUGCCACCAACCGAGUCGAUGUCUUGGACCCCGCCCUGCUCCGUUCUGGCCGUCUGGACAGGAAGAUCGAGUUCCCGCUGCCAAACGAGGAGGCUCGCGCACAGAUCAUGCGCAUUCACUCAAGGAAAAUGACCGUCGACGAUGGUGUCAACUGGCAAGAGUUGGCACGCAGUACUGAUGAGUUUGGCGGAGCUCAGCUGAAGGCUGUUUGUGUCGAAGCUGGUAUGAUUGCUCUCCGAACUGGUCAUCAGAAGAUCAGCCACGAGCACUACGUGGAUGCUAUUGCUGAGGUGCAGGCCAAGAAGAAGGACACGGUCAACUUCUACGCCUAAGGUGCGGUCAGAUGGUGGUGGCUUUGCUGCUUGCAGGCAUGUGUUCUUGUACCCGGCUUGUAAUAAUACUUAGACCUUCAUCGUAGUACCACUGCCGAAAUGACGAACAUGAAUGAAUAAAGGUUGACAUCUUU